AUAAAGUUUGGUUUGCUUGUUCACCGCGAAUAUAGAAGCAUAAAUUCACCACAAUGGAUUGUGGCACAUCAACAGCUAAAUACUUGCUAUUCGCAUUUAACACUAUAGUAUCGAUAAUUGGCAUUUUGGGCAUCGUUUUUGGUGUAUUAAUUCUCAACAACAUCGGCACUAUCGAGGUCGAUGGCCAAGUCGGUUUCCCACCACAAGCCAUUGUACCAAUUAUACUCAUUACUAUUGGUUCAAUUGUGGUAUUCAUCUCAUUCCUGGGAUGCUGUGGCGCCAUACGUGAAUCCGUAUGCAUGACUAUGACUUAUGCCGUCUUCCUGUUGGUGCUACUCAUUCUACAACUGACUAUUGUUGUACUCCUAUGGACCAAUAAGGAUAAAUUUACCGCAGCAAUGGGUGAGGUCAUCGAUAAGGCUUGGGAGAAAGAGGCACGCCAGUCGGGCGUCUUCGAUGCCAUACAGCGUUCGUUGAAAUGUUGCGGCAAAAAUGGUUUCACCGACUACGUUGUAAUACUGCAGAGCCCACCGCCAAGCUGUUGUGAGAAUGACAACUGCGCGAAUCCGUUGAACGUCUAUGGCGGUUGCCGUAGCAAAUUCCAGGAAUUCAUGUCCUUCAGUACUGACACAGCCAAAUAUGUUGGUUUGGGAUUGAUUGCUGUGGAGUUGGUGGGCUUCAUUUUCGCCUGCUGCUUAGCCAAUAACGUACGCAACUAUAAGCGACGAAAUGCUUAUUAAUCGAGGAUGAACAGCGUCCAUGUUCCAUACAUUUUAAUUUUUUUUUUUGAUGUCGUCCUCAAACGCACAUUCAAUUCCAAUCUAAAUAGUAAUUGAAGUGAACCAUUGAUUUAUAAGUAUAUUUAUGUAUGUAUGUAGUUUUUUCCCUCAAAAAUAUACAUUAUAUAUUGAAUACACAUUUACAAAGCUUAUAUUAAAUCGAAAUGAAAUCGAAACACAAAAUGUUUAUUUAAAUUUUAAGUGACCAAGUAUGUGAAAUUGAAAAUAAAAUCAUUAAAAAGUAAAGAAAAAAAUAUUAAAUUUAUUAUAACCAUUGAAACAGAUGAAUCUGAAACUAUUUACGAAUGUUAUAUGCCUAAAGAAACAAUAAAAAAAAAACAGUUGAAAUAUAUGUGCAUACACACUGUGUACCACUUAAACUGCAAAGAGGAAAGAAAUGCGCAUAAGUUUAAUGAAGAAACGAUAUUAAAAAAUAAGCCACAAGUAAUCUCAAGAGAAUUUACGACAAGUUCUGUUUCAAGCAAAUAUGUCUGUAUAUUAAACAAUAAUGUUAUUGACUUUAAGUACACUUCGUGUGAAGUGAUAUGCAUUCAGAGUUUAAAUUUAUUAUAAUAUAUAUAUAUAUGUACUAUAUGUAUUUUAUUGGAUAUUAAUUAUAUGUAAAAGUUAGUCACGUUGUCUACAAGUUAUGUUGAAUUAUAUUUUUAUUUGUGUAUGCCUUAUUACAUGUUAAACUAAAGCAAGGAAUUUGCAAGAUAUUUAAGCAUUGAAAUAUUUAUGAAACACUAUGCAAUUUAAUAAGCGAACGUUAUUGUGUUCGUCUGCCCUACCUACAUUCAAUCAACUUUUGUACCAUUAUUUGGAAAUAUACUUACGCCAAGUAAUUAUAUAACAUUUUUUUGAACUCGAAAUUUCAUAAACAAAUAAACAAAUAAAGA